AUGGCUCAUCCAGGAGUGCAGGUCAUCGACGGCCGUAAAACAUUCAUCCCGCUAGCUCCCGACAUGCUAUCUCAUAUCCCUCGGCCCGUGAGUGCCCUCAUCCUGCUCGCCGACACACCCAUCUACAUAGCUACCCGCUCCGCCGUGGAACCCACCAUCCCUCUCUAUACAGGGAGCGGGCCGGACGAGCCAAUCUUAUGGAUGAAACAGACGAUUGGACAUGCAUGUGGCCUGAUGGCGGUGCUACAUGUGGUUUUGAAUCUUGAUUCUGGUAAACAUGUGACUGGAUCAGAGCUACAUGCGCUAGUGAAGAAGGCAGUUGAGCUUGAACCAACGGAGAGGGCUGAGUUGCUAUAUCAAUCCAAGUUCUUGGAGGAGGCGCAUAUGGAUGCUGCGUCGCAGGGAUGUUCGAUUGUGCCAUCGCCACGGGAUGACUGUGGGUUUCAUUUCGUGGCAUUUGUGCAGAAGGAUAGGAAGGUGUGGGAGCUGAAUGGAGGUAUGAAUGGGCCGUUGUUGAGAGGGGAGUUGGAGGGUGAUCUGCUCUCGGAAAAGGGUUUGGAAAUGACGGUCAAUGGCUUUUUACAGGCUGCUGAAAACGUGGAUCAUAGGGGUAUCAGUAUUGUUGCUGUGUCAGGAUGA